AUGGAUAACUUAAGCGAUAUUUUACUCGCAAUUUUCCUAACGACAUUAUCCACUUGGUACGUGAAAUUCCUGUGGUCCAGAAGACACUUGUACCUGCACGCCUGGAACGUUCCAGGCCCUCUGGCCUUUCCCAUCGUAGGAUCAGCCUACAAAGCUCUACGCUCGAACGCAGGACUCAUCGAAGUCUUCAACGAAUUCUACGAAUACCCGGGGAUCAUAAAAGUGUGGUUCAGCACGAAACUUUGGUACGUCGUAUUCGAACCCAAGUACCUCGAAAAGGUGUUCACCUCCCCCGAUUUGCUGGAGAAACCACACGAUUACAAGAGGCUCACCGAUAUAAUCGGGGACACUAUAUUCACACCGUCAGUGAAGAAAUCGAAGAGGUAUCGCCGGGCAGUGGCUCCGAUAUUCUACAAAAACGCGAUAGACUCCUACGUGAAGGGGUUUGCUGAGAGCAGCGCGGAUUUCGCGAAGGUCCUGCGAAGCCUGGCGGGCAGGAAGGACCUCGACGUGGAAAUGCUCUGUUUGAGGUACACUUUGGAUACGACUUGCAAGAGUAUUUUUGGAUUCGGUGUACCCGUGAGUGGCUCUGAAGCCGGAGAGCACGAUUACGGGUAUUGCUUGCGAAAAGUCGCGGAAAUCAGUACUUAUCGUUUCGUUCGAAUUUGGUUCAACGUGAAAUUGAUCUACAACAUGAGUCGAACCAAGCAGGAGAUAGAUAAGUGGAAUAAUUUGAUCCACGCUCACAUUUUAUCGAUGAUUAGUACCGCCAGAAGGCUCCAGGAAAUCCAAACGAACAGCGAAGACUCGAAGAACGGCAAUAGUAAAUACGAAUCGGAUUUUUUCAAGUCUUUUAUUAGAGGUUCCGAAUAUACCGAAGAAGAAAUCGUCGAUACAAUCAAAUCGCUCUUUUCCGCUGGCGUCGAUACAGCCGCAUCGGUUUUGUGCUCCACAUUAAUGAUGCUCGCUCUUCACCCCGAUGCUCAGCAAAAAGUAUACGAAGAGGUAAUGGAAGUGGUGGGACACCGCCAAAUCGAACACACCGAUUUGCAGCAUUUCCGCUACACAGAAAUGGCGAUCAAGGAAUCGAUGCGCCUGUUCCCCCCGACUAUAAUUUUCGCCAGAGACUCCACCGGCGCUGUUAAUUUAGGCGAGUACGUUCUACCGAAAGAUGGCGCUGUUGUUAUAUUCCCUCUGGUUAUUCAUCGAAACCCGACAGUCUGGAACGAUCCUUUGAAGUUCGAUCCGGAUCGAUUCCUGCCGGACGAGAUGGCCCAACGCAGCCCGUACGCUUUCGUGCCGUUUUCCCACGGCGUCAGAAAUUGCAUCGGCUGGCAACACGCCAUGUGGAACUUGAAAACCGCCAUCGCGGGAAUAAUACGAGAAGUAAAAGUAUUCACCGGUUACCAAUCAGUAGAGGACAUCAAACUGAACUGCGAACUGGUCUUGACUUAUACACACGGCAGCAAAUUGUGGUUCGAACCGAGGGAGUAA